AUGACUGGAGGUGCCGGGGGCUCCCCCCCACGGGUGAUAGAGCAUCCCAAGUCCCUGGUGGUGUCGCGAGGGGAACCUGCCACCCUCAACUGCGCCGCCGAGGGCAGCCCUCAGCCGAGGAUUGCAUGGACCAGGGACGGCGAGGCGGUGGUGACGUCAGAGCAGGAUCCUCUGUCACACCGCCUGCUGCUGCCCUCAGGAUCCCUCUUCAUCCUGUCGACCAAGCAGGGCAAGAAGGACUCCGACGCAGGACUGUACCGCUGCGUCGCUAGGAACCCUCACGGACAGGCCUUCUCGCGCAACGCCUCCCUCACCAUCGCAGUGCUGCGGGAGGAGUUCCGGGAGGUGCCGCUGGACGUGAGCGUCGCGUCAGGGGGGGCGGCGGAGCUGCGCUGCGCCCCCCCUCGGGGGCACCCGCCCCCCACCCUCUCCUGGACCCGCAACGGCCACGAGAUCGACUUCACCUCACUGGGUGACAGGGUGUACGUCAGGAGCGACGGGUCGCUCGUCUUCAGCGACGUCUGGCAGACAGACGAAGGAGAGUACGUCUGUCACGCCGUCAACGCCGCCGGACGUCGCAGCUCCCCGCCUGCUAUUAUCGACGUUCUCGUGGCGCCCUUCUGGGUGAAGGUCCCCCGCCCCGUGGUGGGGGUGGCGGGGGAGGCCGCUGAGAUCAGCUGCCGCGCUGGGGGAGACCCUGAGCCCCAGGUGGUGUGGCGGCGGGUGGGGUCGCGUAUGCCGGUGGGGAGGGCGACGGUGGUGAGAGGCCGCGGUCUGAGGGUCGCGCCUCUGAGGCCAGAGGACAGCGGCGUGUACGUGUGUGAGGCCACCAACUCCGCCGCCGCCAUCGCUGCCAACGCCUCCCUACUCGUACAAACCUCCCCACGGGUAGUGGACGUGCCUGGGGACGUGGUGGUAGAGGAAGGAUCCCCACUGCGCCUAUCCUGCGCUGCUUCCUCCACUCCUCCCCCCUUCGUGUACUGGGCGCGCGAGGGCGGCCAUCCUUUGCUGCCCGCCGAUAACCGACCGAUGGCCGCCGAUAACCGGCCGAUGGCCGCCGAAAACCGACCGAUGACCGCCGAAAACCAGCGGCAAUUGGCCGCCGAUAAUUUGGUUCAUGGGAGCCGUUCACUUGCAGAGGAUAUCGUAGUCCACGACCUGCAAAUGUUCCCUAAGGAUAGCCACUUGUUGUCUUCUGAUAACAACCACAAGAGUUAUCCUUCGUCCGAUAACAGCCAUCGUGCUGAUAACUACAACACACACGCUGAGCCCCCUGAGGGUUCAGAUGAACCCUACACAGCCGUGUCAUCUGUGUACUUCACACAAAGGGCUGAUCGACACCACUCAGGGAGAUACGUGUGUGGGGCUGUUAACCCCGCCGGGGGGGUUAUGACCAGGGUCGGGGUUAGGGUUAGACCCGCGCAUCUCUUACCGCCUCCAAUAGUGAGGGUUGGACCCGUGAACCAGACGGUGCAGGUUGGGGGGCGCGUUGCCCUCGUGUGUCGUGUGUGGGGGGCGGAUGUGGUGCAGUGGGUGCAUGAAGGAGCCCCCGUCAAGAGCUCCCCCAGACAUCGCGUCCUCGCUGACGACACCCUUACCAUCAAAGAUCUCUCUCCCCACGACCUGGGGCGGUACACAUGUGUGGGGAGCUCGUCGAGGGGGGAAACUGUCGCCCACGCGUACUUGAAAGCAGCAGUGGGCUCUGAUGCCUCAAGUGUGUCCCCACGACCCACUGAUCCCGACGCGGCCCCCUCCCCCCCACCCACACCUACGGUCACGGCAGCUAAUGGCACGACGGCCCACUUGGUGUGGGCGCCGCCCUCCCGCCAGGGGUCUAGCCCCGUUACGUCCUACAGCGUCGAAUUCUACGCAAGUUCCGGAGGGACAUGGCGCGUGGCAGCUGAGGGGCUUAGAGAACCCGAGUUUACCCUCACAGGGCUUGAGCCCCAGACGUCGUAUGGGGUUGUGGUGCGAGCCCUUAAUGGGGACGGCGUUUCUGAACCAUCCGGGAUCGCAGAGGUGGGCGGGGAGGGCCAAUGGGCCACGCAAAGGACCCGGGAGGCGGAGAAGCUCCAGCAGGUCGUGCUGUUCCUGAAGGAGCCGUCCACUGUCAGCACCAGCACUGGGCCCGCUGCUGCCACCAUCUCCUGGCUGUUGAAAGGGGAAGCUUCUGCUGUAGAAGGAUUCUACAUCCGCCUGCAGCACCUGCCUAGGGAGGCCUUACCUCCCCAGACCUCAGCAAUAUCUUCACCAGUCCUGGGGACUCUUGAGAAGUCCUCUUUCGUCUCCGGCGGAUUCCCCCCAGACCCCCAGUCCCCCUUCACGAGUGAACUGGACGGGAACUCGUCAGUCGUGACAGUCCUCAACGCGGGGUCUGGUCUAUCGUCCUACGUCCUGCAGGGUCUACACAACUACCGCGCCUACACGGUCUUCCUGGUGCCCUUUUACGACACGUUUGAGGGUAGACCCUCGAACAGCAGGGCGUUCGUCACGCCCCUCGCAGCUCCCUCAGCGCCCCCCCAGAGCGUGGGGGUGCAGCUCACCAACGCCUCCUCCGCCACCCUCUUCUGGGCCCCACCCCCGCCCCUCCACCGCAACGGCCCCAUCACCUACUACCAGGUGGAGGUGGUGGCGAGCGACGGCUCCGUCUUCCUCUCCCGUAAGGUGAACGGCUCCACGUGUUCCCUCCUGGUGGGGGGGCUGCAGGUGGGGAAUGAUUACCACCUGAGCCUCGCCGCCGCCACCGCCGGGGGUCGGGGUCCCUUCUCCCCUUCCCUCCUUCUGCACGUGGACCCCGUACAGCUGCACCCCCUAGCCAACGCCGGCCCGUCGCUGGGGGCGCUGCAGGGGGACAUGGUGCUGAUGGGGGCGGUGGGUGCGGCGGUGUUCUGCCUCCUGCUAGCCGCCGUCACCGCCACCCUGGCGCUGCGCCGCCGCGCCCGUAACAAGGCGCUAGCUCAUCACACCCCGUCGGCGCACAAGAGCGACGCGUUGUCCACGAGCCUGGGCGCUGCGAGCGCCUGCCUGUGGGAGGAGUACGCGGGCUGGCAACUAGAGAAGUGCGGUGCCCCCCCUGCUGCUGACAAGAUCCUCAAGGGCGCCCCCCACGAGGGUAUGGAGGGCAGCGUGCCCGUGGGGCGCAACCUGAUCACCUUCUACCGGGGCACAGGGUCCUCUGAGGGGCCUUACGCCACCACCUCCCUGCUGGGGCCUACGUCGGGAGCAGCGCUUCUGCGCGCGAUGAAGGUCCCCGACGACGCCCCCCACUGCGACCCCCCCGACCAGGACGGCUCCCGAGCGCCGUCGGAGCGCUCCUUCUACACCGGCGAUGGACUGAACACCUUGAGGAGACACAAGAACCCCAGCAAUAGGGGACACGGCGCGCCCCCUCUUCCCUGCCACCCCCCGCCUGGGGUGCCGCCCCCCGAAGACCCCCCAUCCCCCUGCUACUGCGCCUCCUCCGAGAGCCCCUACAGCGAAGCCCACUACACCGCCACCCACCGCCUCCCCCUCACCCCCCAACACCUCCACCAUCUACAACACCUACAACUCCAACUCCAGCAACAACCGAGAUGUGCAACACACGUCUACGCCUCCACCAACCCUCUCCCUCCCUUCCCCUCUGAAGCAUCCCAUAUGAGAACUCCUGAGCUUUGCCGGACUUCUGCCGUCUAUGAAUCCGCGUCCCUACAAUACUCACCCGCUGGCUAUUAUUUACCAACCGCCACGACAACCGCCGCCGGCUACUUCUUACCAACCGCCACAACCGCUGCAACCGGGUUUAUCAAACCGUCUACGACGAGUUCCUCUAGCAAAGAGUCCAUGCAAGAUGCAAGCGAAAUCCUACAGCCUACGCUGCCGUGCCUGACGUACGAAGCUCUGCGGGCUCUCGGGCAAGACAUAGCGGCGUUCAGGGCACGACAGCAACAACGCGAUGAUGCCCUCGACGCUCUAACUAGCGCACAAGACAAGCGCAGCGCAACCAGUGCGCUGGAAGAUGAGGUUGCCAACUUGAAGGAUAAGUUGGCCAGAGAUAGAAAAUCUAUGGACUCGUGUUCGUCCUUUGAUACUACAACCGACCGACUACCUCAGCGCAACCAUAAAAACCAAUCCUACGAUCACCACGACAAUCAUAACCUUCACAACCACCCUGACAGCAAACAGUCAAGCAACUCUACUACAUCACCUCAUCCAGCCUCUCCCUCCCCUCACACAACGUCAACCACUCCAGGAAAACUAACCCCGCUUGCGGGGACACUUGCACCUGGGGGUUCUUUGCCCCCUAUGGGGAUUGCUCCCCUGGGUGAGGGGGAGAGUGAUAACCUCACUGCAGAAGAGGAUGAGUGUUCAGGGUGUUCGUGUUCGUGCACGGAUAACGAAGAGUCGUCCGUGUACGCCGAAGCCGACUUUGCAGACGACGUUCGGUCGACACUGCAGGACACGGCGACUCACAGCAGUAAAGGCAGCUCCAUGAAGCGAAGGCAUCGACAUCGAACAACCUUCCUCUCCUCGCCCUCUCCAGGGAGCUGUCCCGCCCCGCACCCUGCCGCUGAAGCUGCGCAUCUCUCGACCGCCUGAGCCGCGACAGCGCUGGGAUCCCGAUGCAAAUUAUAAGUCCGUUUGUAAGUUAUUUGCAAGAAAAAUGACGAGUUAACGAGCAAAAUCCGUAAACAUGCGUGAAUUUGCGUGCAACUAUAAAAGAUGAAUUUGUUCACGUGAGUUAGUGUAGUAGUUGAUGUUUUUAAUAAAUGAUUUAAUAAAAAAAUUGGGAGUUCGGUGGGUGCAAUGGAUUCAAUUGUGCUAAAAAGAUUAUUAUCUCUUACGAGCCUUUAAAUUAUCAUACUACGAGUUCGGCUGUAGGAAGAAAGGCUCUGUUUUAUGUAAUGAAAAAUUAAUUUAGUAAGGAAAAUUAAGACAUCAUAGAUGAUGGUGUAAGUUCCUUCAAAAUAAAUGCAAUAAUUUCCCAUCGAAUCGAAUCGGAAGGCAGAUAUCUUUUCAAUUGCCAUUCAUUCUUUCAUCAUCUUAUUUAUUUGUACCGAAAGAAUGUAAAACGAACAUAAACUUAACUUCAAAUUUAGAAGACUAAAAUUUUUAUUUUAUAUGAACGUUUUCAGGAGCGGUCUAAUUGAUUUCAAGCUCCUGUUUCUGUAUUCUUCACGAAAUCAACAUUCGUGAUUUACUAGAAACUUGAGGUGAAGAAAUCGGAGCACAGGACGAUGCAGGAGUAACUCACUGUCUAUUAAACUGAUAAGCUUUAGUUAACACAUGGCAAGUCGCAACGGUUGACUAAUAAAAGCUGCCGUUACUCGUUCCAAGCUCAAUGAACUCCGAUUUCUUGUAACCUUCCGAAUUUAUCGGUCUUGUCACGUUCUCUUCGGUUAUCAAGUUGCCAAGUUGUUAGUUGUUUUUAUUGUUUUGUUAUCUAAAAACAACAAUAACUUGUUUUUAAUGGUUACCUAAUAUUAUUUUAAAUAUUGACAAUGUUUGUGGUAAUAUCAUACUUUAUUUUCAUCAAGGCCGUUUGUGUGAGUGCACCUCACAUCGAAAAUUAAGCUAACCUCUCAUUUGUUAUUUUAUUGCGUCCAAGGCCUUUUACUUGAAAAUUAUUUACUUAAGAAGAUAAGAUAAAAUCCCUGGGAUUUAUUGUCAUAGGGUACGCACACAGUGGAAGCAGGUUUGCCCGCGCG